UCCUAACCCGAUCAACUUUGGCAUUUAUUUCCAAAAUCCCAUUUUUAACAAUUAUUUUUCACUAAAAUGACAUAAUUAUAUAAUUACUGUGUGACAAUGUUGUAGUGCCUUUUUCUUCCCGGAAUGUUCAAAGCCUACGGUAAAUCAGGCGCAAAAUCAAGCUCCACCACCGUCAUCGCCACUCUCACAACAAUACUGCAACACCUACUCCAACACCUCUCUUAAAGAUGUGUAGUGACUUUGUUGGGACGGAAGAUUGGUUAAUGUUAAGUGAGAAUAACUUAACGUGUUUAACAAGGAGUAGGCCUGCCGAUUCUUUCCAGUUCAUUACUCUCAAGAACUUUUGCAAUCAAUUGACAUUCAAAUGCUAUGUUCAGAUGGGUGAGAACAGUAUUGGCGGUUUGAUGAUAAGAUGUAAUGGGCCUGAUAAGACACUAAUCGAACUGAACUCUGUAACAAAGACCAUUUCACUCAAGUUACUCAAAUUCAAUCAUACCCUCACACUCCUCGAAAUUCCUCACAGAGGAAUAGAAGUGGGAUUGAAUCAUUUAUUGGAGGUGUCGGAUGAUGGUUCCGGGGGAGUGGUUCGGGCGAUGAUUGACGGCGAGGAGGUCUUUGUGAAGGAGAAUUUACCAACACAGUUAACCGGAUCCAUGGGGAUUUACAUAACCACAGGAAACGUUACCUUUGGUAACAUCACCAUUCUACCCCUUUAAUAUUUUAUACUAUA